AUGCAGACAAACGACAGCGUUCGAAACUUCGCGGCGGACAUCCAGAAAAUCAGAACAUGGAAACGCAUAUAUGAGAAGAAGAUUGAGCUGUUUCACUUGAAGAAGUUGAUUCAGCAAGAAAUGGCAACAACAGCAGCAGCGUCACCGGGCAUCGCGAAACAGACGGAGGGCGAAGAAGGAAGAAGCAAAACGGACGGGAAGAGCUUCAAUACGGACCUGAAGGAAACGACGCCGACCAGUGUCAACGCAGGUAUAAGCAAACUGUCCUUUUUUCUAACCACACCUUUAUCGUACGAUAACUAUUUUAAUUUGAAAAAGACUGAAAAGAAUGGCACGAAAGUGUGUAGGAAGGAAAGGGGAAAACUUCUAACCACAAAGGAGUGUGCGCUGCCUGCAAAGGGUGCACAGAAUGUUCCCCUAAAGAGUCAGCAGAAGGGUGAAAAACCAAAUGGCAGAGGCGCCCAGUGGGAGACAGAAAAGAAAGAGGAGGGACGUUCUAAAAGUGCCACUCAAAAGCACCACAUCACUUCGCAUGCUGGUAGUAGCUACCCUGGGGGGAGAAACAAAGCAGAUGAUUCGGGGCAGUCCCGGAAAAGGGACAAAAAUGGCCAAAAUAGCCGAAAUAGCCAAAAUAGCCAAAACAGCCAAGUGAAUUACAACCUGUCGAGCAGCACCAGAGGGGCACUUUCCCCUAUUAUUACUACACUCUCUCUUGAAAAAAAGAAAAACUAUUUUACCUGCAUGAGCAAACAGCUUGAUGGUUACAUAAAGGAACAGGUAAAGAAAGGAGUGCCUGAUCACUUGAGAGGAUUCGUAUGGCAGAUCUUAGUACAGUCAUAUGAAUACAGAAAAGAGAAUAACGUGACAGAAAAGAAUCAGGAAAAGGAAGGAGGUAUCAAUACCUACCAAUAUUACCUAAGUAUAACUAACCAAUACGAAACUGCAAUCAAGAAAGACAUGAACAGGACAUACCCGAAACACAUUUUAUUUAAAAAUAAUUAUGAACAAGGUCAGCAAAUACUUUUUAAUGUUCUAAAGGCUUACAGUAAUUACAACACAAGUUUGGGUUACUGUCAAGGAAUGGCAUUCAUCGUGGCCACCUUUGUUCUUUACAUGAAUGAAGAGGAUGCUUUCUAUAUAUUGAUCGCUCUGAUAGAGAAGUACCAUCUGAAUGAUCUCUUCUCCUCCGAUAUGUCAUUGCUAAAUGAGGAUUUGUUUAUCCUAGAUAAACUGCUACUUCUGUUUUUCCCUAAGAUUUACUUCCAUCUGAGGAAGGAAAACGUACACACGAGCAUGUUUGCUUCCCAGUGGUUUGUCACUCUCUUCUCCUACAGCAUUAGCAUCGUGUACGUAGUUAGGAUUUGGGAUUUUUUCUUCAUUUAUAGUCACUCCUUUUUAUUUAAGGUGGCUCUGGCGUAUUUUAAGCUACAGGAGGAGGCCAUACUCCGUGAAUCCUUUGAGGGGAUCCUGAACAGGCUAAAGGUCCUGUCUAGGCACGUGGAGCUGGACUUGCUGAUCGAUACAGCUCUGGGGCUGGACUUACCCCAAGCCACCAUUGCACGGCUCUCGGCAGAGUACCGCGCGGGGAGCGGCAAAGCGGUAAGGCGCUAUCACGGAGAUGCGGUGAUGGAGGGAGGCCUUCCCACCGUGCCGUCACAGGUCCAGAAAGUCGUCGGAGAAGUCGUCCACGGGAAGAUGGAACUCUUCCAUGAAGAAGGAGAUGAACUCUUCGAGGAGGGAGGAAUGACGUAA